AUAAUCAAAAUGAGCUCUUCUCCAGAUUCUGACGACGAACGAAAGCUAGAUUUCAAUCCGUUGCUGCUGGCCAGCGGCAAACGGAAAAGUGCCUUCCUUCCCUACAAACCGAACAACAACACGGUUCUGACCAACUUACAGCGGGGAAAUACCGCAGCCAACAUUCCCAGCGAAAUUUGUCUAAACUUCCACGAGAAAACUGGCCAAGGAGAAAUCACGGAGGAACAGGUCCGGGGAGAAAAGAUAGUCGAUGCUCUGGACUCCAACAACUACACUCCACUUCAUUGGGCUUCCUUUUAUGGGCAGCUAUCAUCGGCACAGAUUUUGAUUAAAUGCGGAGCCAAUGUGAACCGGCAGGCUACCGAUAUGAUCACGCCGCUGCAGUUGGCUGCUGCCGGAGGUCAUCACGAAAUCGUACGAUUGCUGCUCCAGAAAGGUGCCAAAGUAAACCACAUGGACGUGGUCGGAAAUACAGCCCUGAUGUAUGCAGCCGCAGGAAAUCAUCCGCACACCUGCAACGAACUGCUCGGAAAGGGGGCCAACUUUAUCGACACUAAUGAGGACGGUGAAACAGCUUACAGUUUGGCCGUCAAGAACCAGUCUAAUCUGGCUCAAGCCGUGCUGGAGAAUUAUAUCACAGCUUUAUUGAUGUCCUAACACCCUCAUACCUUUUUAUGAACUUUUAUUGAGUUCGUUUGAUCUUAGAAUUGGUUGUUAUCUAUUGGCUGAGAGUCUUCAUUGAUGUGUACCUGUAUAUUCUAAUUAGUUGGAAUAAAAUGAGAAUUAAUAAUUCGAAAUAAAUAAAUCAAUAUUUCAACAAUUGA